ACCGCCGUUUCCGGCCCGCGUGAGUGUGGGUCUGGCGCCUGCAGCCGGGCCGGGGCUGGUGUUGCUGCGCUAACCGCUGUGUGUGUUUCCCAAGUCGGCCUUCCUCCGCCGGGACCAUGGCCACCGACUCGUGGGCCCUGGCAGUGGACGAGCAGGAAGCGGCUGUCAAGUCGAUGAGUAAUUUGCAGAUUAAGGAAGAAAAAGUCAAACCAGAGACCAAUGGUGUUAUCAAAACCAAUGCCACUCCAGAGAAAACAGAUGAAGAAGAGAAAGAGGACAGAGCCGCCCAGUCCUUACUCAACAAGCUGAUCAGAAGCAACCUUGUCGAUAACACCAACCAAGUGGAAGUCCUGCAGCGGGAUCCCAGCUCCCCGCUCUACUCAGUCAAGUCCUUCGAGGAGCUUCGGCUGAAACCACAGCUUCUCCAGGGAGUCUAUGCCAUGGGCUUCAAUCGGCCAUCCAAGAUACAAGAGAAUGCAUUACCCAUGAUGCUUGCUGAGCCCCCACAGAACCUGAUUGCCCAGUCGCAGUCGGGUACUGGGAAAACGGCCGCCUUCGUCCUGGCCAUGCUCAGCCGGGUGGAGCCAGCAGAGAGAUACCCGCAGUGUCUGUGCCUCUCCCCGACGUAUGAGCUGGCGCUUCAAACAGGAAAAGUGAUUGAACAAAUGGGCAAAUUUCAUCCAGAACUAAAGCUUGCUUAUGCUGUUCGAGGCAAUAAAUUGGAAAGAGGUCAGAAAAUCAGUGAGCACAUUGUCAUUGGCACCCCGGGGACCGUUCUGGACUGGUGCUCCAAGCUCAAGUUCAUCGACCCCAAGAAGAUCAAGGUGUUUGUUCUUGACGAGGCUGACGUGAUGAUAGCCACUCAGGGCCACCAAGAUCAGAGCAUCCGCAUCCAGAGGAUGCUGCCCAGGAACUGCCAGAUGCUGCUUUUCUCUGCCACCUUUGAAGACUCUGUCUGGAAAUUUGCCCAGAAAGUGGUCCCCGACCCGAACAUCAUCAAACUGAAGCGUGAGGAGGAGACACUGGACACCAUCAAGCAGUAUUACGUCCUGUGCAACAGCAGAGACGAGAAGUUCCAGGCCUUGUGUAACAUCUACGGGGCCAUCACCAUUGCUCAAGCCAUGAUCUUCUGCCAUACCCGCAAAACAGCUAGCUGGCUGGCCGCAGAGCUCUCGAAAGAAGGCCACCAGGUGGCCCUGCUGAGUGGGGAGAUGGUGGUGGAGCAGAGGGCUGCGGUGAUUGAGCGCUUCCGGGAGGGCAAAGAGAAGGUUCUGGUCACCACCAACGUGUGCGCCCGCGGGAUCGACGUGGAACAGGUGUCUGUCGUCAUCAACUUUGACCUCCCCGUGGACAAGGACGGGAACCCGGACAACGAGACCUACCUGCACCGGAUCGGGCGCACCGGCCGCUUUGGCAAGCGGGGCCUGGCCGUGAACAUGGUGGACAGCAAGCACAGCAUGAACAUCCUGAAUAGAAUCCAGGAGCAUUUCAAUAAGAAAAUAGAAAGACUGGACACGGACGACUUGGACGAGAUUGAGAAAAUAGCCAACUGAGAAGCCCCUGCAGUCUCUGUGCCGCCCCCGCCCCGGACACGAGUGCUUCCACGGCGCACCCUGAGUGUUCCCGCGAGGAUGACAGCACGAGUAGACAAACUGCCUACCUCAUCUGAAAUUACGUUUGGACUUGACAAAAAUUGCCCAAAUUAUUCAGGAAGGUAGAAGAAAAAAAUCUGAAUUUUGGAAAGUUGAGUCCUUUUCCUCCCAUCCCUUUUCAAAGCCACGGUUUCCCCCAUCUUUAUAAUAAUGUGGUCACUAUUGGUAACCGCUGGCUGCAGGAGCCACUGCCUGUUUUCUGGCCAUGGGUGUUCAAACUGCCUGGAGGCCCUGAAGCAACAACAGAGGAGCAGCCUGGGCCCUCCGCGGAUCCACUGGUGUCCCGGCUGAUUGCUUUCCCUCUGUUCUCUGCAGAGGAAUCCCGCCCUCUCCCGGGGUGAGCAUCUUGGCUCCUUUUGUACACCUCAGAUUUGGGGGGGAGCACGAAGUCAGCGAACUGUCUUCAGAGGCACUGGCCUGGCACAGCUGGGUGGCCCAGGGCUGCCUCCCCCUCCCGCAGUGGCUCUGUCUGCCCAGGUGCCUGGUGUCCCAGCCGCUGAGGUGGUUUCUGACACACACCUGGCCGGGUGAGCUCUUACCAUGGAUGGUACACUAUGCCUGGACGUGAGCAGCAGAGUUUGGAGGGGAAGUUAUGACCAAGUGAAAGCUCUGGUGAUGCCGUUCAUCCAUAACAGUGAACCUGUUGCUUACUCUGCUUCAUACACUGUCUUUAUGAAUAAGGACGGACUAAUCAGAGCUAUACCCAUCAUCCACUAUGUUAAAAAAUUUAAAAAUAAUUAUGGAUCGCUUUACUAAUCAUGAUUUGUUGUUUUUACUUGUAUUUUUCUGCUUAUUAGACUAAUACAUGCUCAUUAAAAAGG